UUGUUCUGUCAUCUGCCACCACGAGAACAGCCGAGCUCAUCCUCUUUGGAACCCACCUUCAGGCUGCUGUCAAAUGUUUCUAAAGUAACAGGAAUCCAAGUUACCCCCUGAUCCCAAAUAGAGGCAAGGGGCCAGCUGAUCACUUGGUGUAAAUUGCCAUAUUGAAGCUGUUCUGAUUUUCACCUUCCUCCUGCACAGAAUCCCACAGCCUGGUUGUGAUAAUAGCACCGAGCUCUCGGCUAGCACUUUUCAUCAGCAGAGCCCAAAGUACCUUCCCACGGUGGGGGGUAGCAUUAGCCGCACUUUUCAGAGGAAGUCAGUGGGGGCAGAGCCCAUUGCCAAGUGGACCUUGCAGUCCUGUAACGAGGAACAGCAAAGAACGAGGUACAGUUUGUAAGCUGGAGGCAAAUCUCAUGGCAAGAAAGGUGAAUUUAGGGGGCAAAAAAUGGAAACCCGCCAGAGAUCUUAAAGUUGCUUAUUGGAAUUAAGGACAAAGUGGUUUAGCUCGUUGAAAUGACACUUCAAUGGAAAUAGAGACGUGUCAAGAUAUGUGGCUUUGCUGUCUGGAAACCUGCUGUCUAUAUUGAGUGCAUUCAUGUCUGAUUGCAUGGACAGUGUGCAUCUGUUCCGUGCAUCUGACCAGGUUCUGCACACAAGGGGCAAGGCCUGGGUUCUAGCCACUGUAGUUACCGAAUGAACAGUGCAAGGACGGGACCUUCUAAAGAGUGGAGCAGAUACUGGUUCAUUUGGCCCCAUCAAUCUCUCUCUGACAAAAAUGCUUCCCAAAAAACCCACUCCAAAUAUCUGGGAUUAAAUGAGUGGCCCCAAUUUAUACCUUUAGGGUGAAAUCCUGGCCCCAUUGAAGACAGGGGCAAAAGUCCCAAAGAUCUCUGUGGGGCAGGAUUUCAGCCUGUCUGGAUUCUCUUUAGGUAACAUUUUGCUGUCAUUGGAAACCCCGCCCCCAGCCCCGAUUUACUCUCUGGCCGCUGAAAAUGCAGUCCGGCCCAGAGAGCUUCCUUUUCCUGGUGAUUUGUACACUCCUCUCUCCUAAUUACCCUUGAAACAGAUCCACCUGUCUCUGUAAUAACCUCAGUGCCGGAACUGGGGGCAGGACCCUCUCACUUUGCAAGAACACCACGUUCUGUAAGAGUUUUUUCUGCGCUCUCUGGAAUGGCAGGAAUGCUGUGUGGAAGCUGAGGGGGCAGGUGUGUUUCCAGCCCCGCAGGCCCAGAAGGGAGUGGGACGAGAUAGGAAUUAGCCUGUCGCCGACGUGUGCACAGUACAGCUCUGAAGCCCAUAAGGCAGCACGGUGCAGUGGAUAAAGGCACCAUCUAGGCAUCAGGAAGCUCUGCUACUUGCUCACUAUGUGACCUUGGGUAAGUCACAGGGGCCAAAGUUUUCAAAAGUGGCCUUUAAAUGUAGGUGCCUCCAAUUUGAGGUCCCAGUGUUGGACACAUAGCAGGCCAGGCUUGCAGAGAUGCCAAUUCAAAGCCACGAGGCUCAAAUACUGAGCCACUCAGAAUUAGAGCCCACUUUGGGAACAUCAGCUCUGGAGGGCGCUGCACCUCAGUUUCCCCAUCUAUAAAAUGGGCAUAAUGCUAUUGACCCAUCUGUGAAAUGCACGAAUGAAGAGCGCUCUCCAUCCACUAAUCAGCCUGAUUCUGUUUAUAAUCAGAGGCCUGAGGCGUAACGCUCAGAGCUGUAGUUGAACUGGACCCCACAUGGAAGGAUGUGUGGGUUUGUGUCAGUCCACUCUAGAGAUUAACCCAAAUCGAAUAAGGCUGGAGUGGGUUCAGGACAGGUGGCUUGGCAGCCCAGGCUUUGGACUGGGACUCGAGAGAUGCACACUCAAUGUCUAGCUCCACCACCACCCUGCUGGGUGAUGGAGGAAAAGGCACCUGGGCGCUGAUGUUCACGCCCCCGCAGUGGGCUAGGGGUUCAAAGAGCCCCGCUCCUCUGCAGGCACCUAACGAGGGGACAGAUGUCGGAAAGAUCUCAGCAGCUGAUGGACUGAAAAUCUGGCCUGGGGUUGGUGCUGAACCCUUCUGACCAUGCUGGUCCUACACCUCCCUGUGUCUCCAUCAGCAAUACCCUACUACCACUAAGGGUAAUUUAAUGGGUGUGAGCGGAUGGGAGGCUAUGAAAACUCUGCCAAACCUCCCUCAACUUCAGGGCUUUUAAGACCAGAAGGGGCCAUUGUGAUGCUCCUGCAGAACAAAGGCCAGUGAACCUCACCUAGGGAUCCUUGCCCGGAGCUCGGCCUCUUGCCUUCCCAGGUGAGUGGGGUUCAGAUCCAGGCCCCUGGGGAGCAACACAGGAGCCUAGGAGUCAGGCUCAGCCACUGGGGGCUGGGUGGAGCAAGGCAACACGCAAGGACUCCGGCCGUGGGGACGUUCAUUCCACUCUUGCAAGCCGAACUGGGCUUGAACUGAAGGUUGCAGGCCCUGGGCUAACCCAGCUCAGCCUCCAGAGGGGAACAGCCGCUAGCCUUCGGCUCUCUCUGCCCCAGCCAGAGGGAAUUGUCCUCGCUCCCAGCUCAGCGACUGCAUUUUCAUUGCCAGCCUUUGGGGCCCUGGCGCUUUGCUGAAGAACCAGCCCGGCUUGUUUGCUAUCUAGGCCUCCAAGGAAUGCAGGUGGCUGGGAACUGGAGGGCACAGCAGAGACCCUGGGGGAGGGACAUAUCUGAACGAGGUGGGGGGGGGGAGAUCUUUCCCCUCUGCCAUCCUCUUCACACUAGUUCCCAGGACAGAGAGCGAGGCACAGGAGACCUUGCUGUCCCAGCUGCGUGCUCCAAGUCAGGCCAACCCACAGACAGAGAAGCCAGGCUGUCCUCGGCUGCGAUGGAGCUACCGCUGCUGCUGCUGGUGGUGCUGACUGGGCUCUGCGCGGGCAGGGUCCUAGAGACGGUCCCCUACACGCCCCAGAUCACUGCCAAGUCGCUGGAAGGGAAGCUCACCGCUACCACCUUCACGCUGGACCAGCCCAUCUGCAUCUUCGAUCAGUACGUGAACAGCACCGAUGACAUCUGGCUGGUCGUCGCCUUCACUAACGUCACAUCCCAUUUCAAAAAUCCAACCUCAAAGAUCCAAAUCCCUCCCUACCAGAAGCUGUUGACCGCUCUCCAUUACAUGACGCUGAAGACUUCCCUAGCCUCCUACCCAUGUGCUGAAAACAGGGCCGCUAGCGUGCUCCGGGUUGGCAGUGACACCGCCUGCAAAGAUGACGGCAGCCUGGAGUACUGCAACGGACCCCUGCCUCAUCCUGGUCCUUACAGAGUGAAAUUUCUCAUCCUGGAUACCAAUGGGUCCAAGGCAGAGACAAGAUGGUCCCAACAAAUUAUGCUGAAGCAAGGUCGCAAGGCGCGCUCCAUCGACACCUGGCCCGGCAGGCGCAGCGGCACAAUGGUCGUCAUCACCUCCAUCCUCUCCAGCUUCAUCAGUGUCCUGGUGAUCUUGUUCCUCUGCACAGUCGCCUACGAGUGCUUUAAGCUUUGGCGGCGAGAGGAGCCUGCAGUCCUGGAGGAUCCACGCGCCGGGUCCUUCAGAGAGAGGGAGUACGACACCCACCACAUCCCCCCAUCGCAGGCUUCACCCCAGCCCCCCAGCGACGUGCCCCGGCCUCACUCACCAGCCGCUUCCCCAUAGGAGCCCAGAGCUUCCCG